AUGCAGCAAAGCGGCCGGAUAGAGGUCGCGAACCACGCCGGGACACCAGACCAGGAUGCCUUUGCCGGAAACCUCGAUACUGUUCGGAUAGAGCAGACGUAUAAGCAUCCGUGCCUCUUCACCCUCACGGUAGAUGCUUUCCGUAGCCAGAAUGGAAGUGCAGCCUCCAGUCCUCAGCAAGAUAUAUCGCAGUGGCAUCUACCCACCCCUGACCCGCAGAACAAUGGCAAAUACAUGUAUCGUCUAACCGCUGUCGAUAUAUACUUCUGGACGCCCGACGAUGCAUCACUGUUCCUGGAUUCUGUUAGACGGGUCGUCCAGCCUCAGCAACUUCAGAUCCUAGCCAACCCUCAAGCGUUGCCAGCGCAACCCGACUACAAAAGCGAUCCCAUGAAUCCAGUGGUAGCAAAGCUCGAACGGGCAGCCAUAUCGCAUUCAAGCCGCAGUCCCAGUCUUAAUCUGAAUACCCAGCAAUCCUUCCCAGGUCCUCCUACAGCUCCAGCACCCACGUCAAGCCCGCCGGCGGCAGAUGCAAAUACCCACUACGCACCAAUGGCUUACAAUCCUGCCGCGCCAGCAGCCCCAGAACCCAUCGCCCACCGCGAAAAGACACCUCCGCCUCCAGAUGCCGCGGACGGCACCGGCCUAAAUGCGGCAGCAUAUAACGAGCACCAACAUGCGCAGCAGUAUGGGAACCCAUUGCAGGCAUCUUUCGCACCACAACCGACGUCCGGACCAUAUGUACCUGGACCACCAUCACGAACAUCCACGUUCUCCGGCCCACCGCAGCAUCCGGGAGUCCAGAGGACGAGCACUGUGGGAUCUAUUCCGCCUCCACCACAAAGUCCGCCGUCCUUCGCACCACCGCCCGCUGGUCCACCACCUGGCCAGGCUCCUACACAGCAAUUCGCAAACUAUUCCGGAUCUCCUGGCCACGCACCCAGCGUGCAAUCGCCCGGUGCACCUACACAGUCACCUCUACCAUCGCCAGGCUAUGCACCGCAACAAUAUCAGCCGAUGGCGUCGCCACCACCUGGAGGGUACGCGCAGUACCAAUAUGGUAGCACGACACAGCAGCAACCGGGUGUCGAUCCAUAUGCUUUGCACCAGCAACUAUACAAACCCACCGAGCAGGAAGCGCAGAUAAAGCAUCAUGCGCCGUCCGAACCGCAGGCGAAGAGCAAUAUGGGGAAGAGGGCAGAGAAAUUGGAGAAGGGGAUUGGUGGGUUUCUGAAGAAAUUGGACAAGAAGUUCUAG